GUGGUCAAGAGCAGUUAGGGUUCCUGUGCAGUCUCGCAUGGAUUAACAGGCUCAGCUCGUGCCUUUCUCCAUUUGUGCAGGGUGGAGAUGUCUGCCCAGAGGUCAGUUUCCAACAGAACGUCCCAGCAAUCUGCAUCUAAUUCUGACUACACCUGGGAAUAUGAGUAUUAUGAGAUCGGACCAGUUUCCUUUGAAGGACUGAAGGCUCAUAAAUAUUCCAUUGUGAUUGGAUUUUGGGUUGGUCUCGCGGUCUUCGUGAUUUUCAUGUUUUUUGUGCUGACCUUGCUGACCAAGACAGGAGCCCCACACCAAGACAAUGCAGAGUCUUCAGAGAAGAGAUUCAGAAUGAACAGCUUUGUGUCAGACUUUGGAAGACCUCUGGAGCCAGAUAAGGUGUUUUCUCGUCAGGGCAAUGAGGAGUCCAGGUCUCUCUUUCACUGCUACAUCAAUGAAGUGGAACACUUGGACAGGGCCAAAGCUUGUCACCAGACCACAGUCCUCGACAGCAAUGUUCAACUCCAGGAAGCCAUCAGAAGCAGCGGGCGGCCAGAGGAGGAGCUGAACAGGCUUAUGAAGUUUGACAUCCCCAACUUCGUGAACACGGACCAGAACUCCUCCUUUGGGGAGGAUGAUCUUCUGAUUUCAGAACCACCUAUUGUUCUAGAAAAUAAGCCAGUUUCCCAGACUUCAUACAAAGACCUGGAUUGAGAAACAUGCUCUGUAGAGUGUCUUCCUGAAGAUGUGGGUUUUGUCUUUGUAUAGCAAGAAAUCUCCAUUCACCAAAAUUGUGUGUGUGUCUGUGUGGGUGAGAGACACAGAGAGAGAGAUGGAGAAAGACAAAGAGACAGAGAGGAGAGCCCCCUCAGAAGAGAGCUGAUUAAGCCAAGAUUUAUGCCUUUAAACACAGUUGGGGGUUUUUUUAGAUCAAAGUAUUUACACUGUCUCAUCUUCCUUAUUGAAAAAUUUGGCCACGUACUCGGUGUCAGCAUUCUUGAAUGGGGGUUGGCAUACUGUGUUCCAGUCUGGCCCUGCUGCUACCAUGCUCUACCUUUAGCAAGUUGCUUUACUACUCUGGGCUGCCAUAUUUUAACUGUAAGUGAGGAGUCUGGAGUAGAUGAUCCAUUCCAGCUCUAAUAUUUUGUGAAUCUAUGACUUUCCAUCCAGAGUAGGCUGGGAUAUACCUGAAGUAGUAUAAACUAGGGCACUGCCUCCUAUCUCUUGUUGUAGAAUCCUCAUGUCUAUACCUUCCACUCAACCCUCAACUGAGCCCAGCUUUCAUCAGGGGCCCGAGUAUCUACCAGGAUGUGAGGAGACUUGUCUCACACAGACACUGUGGCUAACAUUUCUGUUGGUUGAGCUGAAACAGCUCUUCUGAGGACCUGUAGCCGCUCAUGCUCAAACCUGGGGG